CUGGACGUGGCCAUUGAUGGUGCCGAUGAAGCAGAUGCUAAAUUAACCCUCAUCAAGGGCGGUGGAGGAUGCCACUUGCAGAAAAAAUUGUUCUGCAGCGGCCAAACUUUUAUAGUUGUUGCAGAUUACAGGAAAGACUCAACAGCCCUUGGUGAACAGUGGACAAAAGGGAUUCCAAUUGAGGUUGUUCCAAUGGCAUAUCGUACUGUUCAGUUGAAAAUUGAGUUGGAGCUCGGCGGAAAAGCUGUAUUAAGACAAGCUAAAGCCAAAGCAGGUCCGGUUGUGACAGACAAUGGUAACUUUAUUGUGGACUGGGUUUUUGAUCGCACAUAUGAUUGGCAGAAAGUUAAUCAGCAGAUUAAGAUGAUUCCAGGUGUUGUGGAAACAGGUUUUUUUUUUGGAAUGGCCAAGAUUGCUUACUUUGGAAUGGGUGGCUCUGUGAAGGAACGAGAAGUGUGA